GCAACACAGUCAGUUACACAAGAUGCCCGGUACUGAGCACAGCGCCCCCUGCAGUCCAUGAGAGGAGUGCGCUACUGAGGGGGAGAAGAGUCCGGUCACAGGGGCGCACCCAGUUUGGAAGGAGGAGAGGAGAGAAGAGAAGAGGGGGGUUCCCGUCCGUCACCAUGGGGAUAGAAUAGGCGGGAGGAGGGAUAUAGCCCUAUAGACAGCCCGCGCCCAUCACUUAGCCUUGUAUAACAUUGUUUACAGAAGGAUCCAUGGAGCCCGCACUCCUCAUCACCGGAGCCUCGUUCUGCUCAUUCCGCUUGUUGAAUAGGCGGCUGGGCACUUUGAUUCCCGCUCCCAGCUCCGCUCUCCGGAACCCCUGGAAAUGGAGGAACAUCUGGACUUCAUUGAUACACAGCCUGCUCACCGGGAUAUGGGCGCUGCUCGGAUUCUACCUGCACCCAGAGAUGGCGGAGGACCUGAUCUCCACACAUUCGCGCUUCUCCCAUUGGCUGGUCGCUGUGUCUAUAGGAUAUUUUAUCCAUGAUUUUGUGGAUAUGCUGCAGAACCAAAAGAUGCACCAGUCAUGGGAGCUGCUAUUCCAUCACACUGUUGUGAUCAUUUGUUUUGGGAUAUCCUUACUUCUACAUCGCUAUGUAGGUUUUUCCGUGGUGGCCUUGCUGGUGGAAAUUAACUCUAUUUUUCUGCAUCUGAGACAGAUCCUUCUUAUGGCCAACCAGCUGAAAACCACUUUCUACCGGCUUAACAGCUUACUGAACCUGGGGACGUAUGUCAUCUUCAGAAUCAACACUCUGGCGUGGAUGACAAGGUGGUUGGUUCUAAACCGAGAGAACAUUCCACUUCUCAUCUAUACUAUAGGUAGUGUUGGAAUGGCCAUCAUGACUCUGAUGAACAUUGUGCUUUUCUGCCGACUCCUUCGAAGCGAUUUUCUGAAGUCAACCCGUGACUUGCCAAGUGAGAAGGAUAAAUAAUUUUAUCUGUUUGAGCCUAAUUAUCAAAAUUCAGGGGGGCUUUUUGACCAAUUCAACCUCCUGCAAGAUGACACUACUUGUGAUGGAAGCAUACAUAUUUUCAGUACUGGAGAACAGUUUCCUCCAGCAUUCAUACAACUCCACUGCACUCUAGGCUCUGAGAAACCCUAAUGGCUAGUAGGGUUUUUGUUUUUUUAAAAGAAUGAUCUCUCCAAAUUGUUGUUCAUUCUGUAUUGGGGCCUUUGGAAGUUGUGUUCUAGAAUCUGUAUUUAUAAUGCUUUUAUGCAAAAUGGCUCAGCCAUUUUUUAGCAGUAAUGCUAAUAAUGUAACAACAAUGACCAGUUGUCCUCAUUUGUUCAAGGCUUAUGAAAAUUUAAUUUUGUGGAUGGGAAAUAUGACCAGCCAAAUCCUUUUAGUAAUACAUAUUUAAAUGCUUGUGAUGGUAAUGAUACUCUGCUUUGGAAGUAAGAAUAGAUCCCGUGCAGCAUCUGCUGUUUAUUUCUCUGUAAAAUUAAAUAUUUUGCAUAUAGACAGACA